UAGGAUUUCUGUUGCACAAUCAGAUUUUAAUUUUGAAAUAUCAAAUGCCAAAUGCAACAAAAAAGACCUUGCCAAAGAGGUUAGUAUUACUCCUAACCAUGAUCUUAAAAAUGAAAGUUGUGUAGAUAGCAUUCAAUUUGAUCUAAAAGAGGUGGAAAAUAAUAUUUUGAUGCUACUCAUUAAGACCUACUAUGAUAAAGUCAAAUCUUUCUUUAAUAUUUCUUGUGAAAUAAUAGAUCGAUUGGAACAACAAGAACCUAGUGGCCUGGAGUUGUCUAUUACUGAACAAAGUCAAAAACAAUCCAAGAAAGUCAUAUGA